GAUCGCGGUUCGGUUCUGGUCGAGAUCCGCGGCGGUGACCUCGCUUACUCCGCAGGCCGCUGCAGGCCGCGGCCCUUCCCGUCGCUAUGGCCGCCGACUCCAAGCGGGAGCAGUUCCGCCGCUACCUGGAGAAGUCGGGGGUGCUGGACACGCUCACCAAGGUGUUGGUCGCCUUAUAUGAAGAGCCAGAGAAACCCAACAGUGCACUGGACUUUCUGAAGCAUCACCUGGGAGCUUCAGCUCCUGAGAACCCAGAAAUAGAGAUCCUUCGAUUGGAAGUGGCAGAGAUGAAAGAAAAAUAUGAAGCUGUGUUGGAAGAAAAUGAAAAACUGAAAACCAAGCUGGCUCAAUAUGAACCACCUCAGGAUGAGAAGCAUGGUGAAUAACAGUUUCUCCUUUAAUGUCUUGACUUAAUAAAGGGCUUCCUGAGAAGUG